ACUAACAACCACUGAACAGGGAUAGAUAGAGGCAGGGGAAAGGGAGAAAAGAUAAGGGGAGGGAAAUCAAGGGAGUACAAAGGGAGAACAAUUUUACUUAGGAAAAGUUAGCUACUUUCUGAUUUUAAACUUGGGAGAGAGAAAGCAAGUCAAAGCAGAAAUGAGAAAAGUCCAGACAAAAUGACUUUAAUAGAUACAGAACUAGUCAGUUUGAAGUGUCUGUAAAAAAAAGGUCCACUAGGAAAACUAGAGAGGAGAGGGAGGAAGAGAGAGAGUGAGAGCGAGAAAGAGAGGGAGCGAGAAAGGGAGGGGGAGCGAGAGAGAGAGCGCGUAAGAAAACAACACCGAGAUGUUCAUGAUCAUUCCGAAGGAUUCUUCCGCCGGAGGAGGUGGUUCCGCAGGGAUGAGCUCGCCGCACGGGAAAAGCGCAAAACAGGUAAAAGCAGCGAUCAGUAAGAAGGUUCAGAAACAGCAGAUUAUGCAGAGGAGGCAGUCCAGUGAGCAGAGUGGCGACUCAGAAGUCUCAGCGGCUGGAGUCAACCCCCCCCAUGGUAGGAGGUACAGCCAGACCCCCACCCCCUUCCCCAGAGAUAGAGAUAGAGGUACAGGGGAUGAAGAAGAGGAAGAGGAGGACCUGGAUGUGCAGGACAAGGUGGAAGAUAUGAUGAAGACGAGUGGUCAGGAGCAGGAAGAGAAGGAGUCCAUAGACCUACUCCCUAUAGUGGACCCAGCAUUUGGACCGGACAGGGACCUACGACCAGAGGAGAUUGAAGAGCUUCGCGAGGCGUUUGUGGAGUUUGAUAGGAAGAAGAAUGGUUAUGUCAGCUACAAGGACCUGGGAGAGUGCAUGAGGACCAUGGGCUACAUGCCCACAGAGAUGGAGCUCAUCGAGCUGGGCCAGUCCAUCUGUGGUGGUAAACUAGACUUUGAGGACUUUGUGGAGCUGAUGGGCCCCAAGAUGCUGGCAGAGACAGCAGACAUGAUCGGAGUGAAAGAACUGAGAGAUGCAUUUAAGGAGUUUGAUGCUAACAGUGAUGGUCAGAUCAGUAUAAUGGAACUGAGGGAAGCCAUGAAGAAGCUGAUGGGAGAACAGCUGACCAACAGAGAGAUCGACGAGAUCCUCCGAGACGUGGAUCUCAACCGGGACGGACUGGUCGACUUUGAGGAAUUUGUUCGAAUGAUGUCACGCUGAGAUAACCAGAAGGCGUUGUUGUGUAACAACUGGAAAAGGGACCACUACAUUUGUAGUGAACAUUCUUGUUCUACUGACUGGACCUAGGUUUGUUAUUUUUUGUUAAGCAGCACUUAAAUUGAGUGAACGCUUAAUAGUAGUUCUACAAAUCUUAGAACUCAAGCUGUGACAGUUAAAUUGAACAUCGAUUGGUUGUAACAUAUCAAAAUCCUAAUGCUUGGCUGGUAUGAGUAUCUCUUACCUUUUUAAAGUCUUUUUUUUAAGUGAAUGUUUUUACUCUGAUUGUAUGCGUGUUCAAAGGUUUAACCUCGUUUGUAAAAUGUAACGUUAUUUUCAAGUAAAAAGCUGUCUGUU